ACCAUCAUGGAGCAGUUCAACCCCAGCCUGCGGAACUUCAUCGCCAUGGGCAAGAACUAUGAGAAGGCGCUGGCAGGUGAGGCUGGCGUCCCUGGCCCGCGGCAGGAGUGAGGACAUCUCAACAGGUGUGACGUACGCUGCCAAAGGCUAUUUCGAUGCUCUGGUGAAGAUGGGCGAGUUGGCCAGCGAGAGCCAGGGCUCCAAAGAACUCGGGGAUGUUCUUUUCCAGAUGGCUGAAGUCCACAGGCAGAUUCAGAAUCAGCUGGAAGAAAUGCUGAAGUCUUUUCACAACGAGCUGCUCACGCAACUGGAACAGAAGGUGGAGCUGGACUCCAGGUACCUGAGUGCUGCGUUGAAGAAAUACCAGACAGAGCAGAGGAGCAAAGGUGAUGCGCUGGACAAGUGCCAGGCCGAGCUGAAGAAACUCCGCAAGAAGAGCCAAGGGAGCAAAAACCCCCAGAAGUACUCGGACAAAGAGCUGCAGUACAUUGACGCCAUCGGCAACAAGCAGGGUGAGCUGGAGAGCUACGUGUCUGAUGGCUACAAGACAGCCCUCACUGAGGAGAGGAGGAGGUUCUGCUUCCUGGUGGAGAAGCAGUGUGCCGUGGCCAAGAACUCUGCCGCCUACCACUCCAAGGGCAAGGAGCUGCUGGCACAGAAGCUGCCGCUAUGGCAGCAGGCCUGUGCCGACCCCAACAAGAUUCCAGACCGCGCCGUGCAGCUGAUGCAGCAGAUGGCCAGCAGCAACGGCUCCAUCCUCCCCAGCGGCCUGUCGGCCUCCAAGUCCAACCUGGUCAUCUCAGACCCCAUUCCGGGGGCCAAGCCCCUACCGGUGCCCCCCGAGCUGGCCCCGUUUGUGGGGCGGCUGUCUGCCCAGGAGAACACACCCGUCAUGAAUGGCGUCUCGGGCCCAGACAAUGAGGACUACAACCCCUGGGCUGAUCGCAAGGCCGCCCAGCCCAAGUCCACGUCUCCUCCGCAGUCUCAGAGCAAGCUGAGCGACUCCUACUCCAACACGCUUCCCGUGCGCAAGAGCGUGGCCCCCAAGAACAGCUACGCCACCACCGAGAACAAGACCCUGCCUCGCUCAAGUUCCAUGGCAGCCGGCCUGGAGCGCAAUGGCCGCAUGCGGGUGAAGGCCAUUUUCUCCCACGCGGCCGGUGACAACAGCACCCUGCUGAGCUUCAAGGAGGGCGACCUCAUCACCCUGUUGGUGCCCGAGGCCCGUGACGGUUGGCACUAUGGCGAGAGUGAGAAAACCAAGAUGCGGGGCUGGUUUCCCUUCUCCUAUACCCGGGUCCUGGACAGCGACGGCGGGGACCGGUUGCACAUGAGCCUGCAGCAGGGCAAGAGCAGCAGCACAGGCAACCUCCUGGACAAGGACGACCUGGCCCUCCCGCCCCCCGACUACGGCACAUCUUCCCGGGCCUUCCCCACCCAGACGGCCGGCACUUUCAAGCAGAGGCCCUACAGCGUGGCCGUGCCCGCCUUCUCCCAGGGUCUAGAUGAUUACGGGGCGCGGGCCGUGAGCAGUGCCGAUGUGGAAGUGGCCAGAUUUUGAGCGGCCCCUGACUAGAGUUAGAAGUGGAUUCAGAGAUAACCGAAGGCGAUUCCCCCAAAUCCGCAGUGACAAACGUUUCGUGAGCCUGGACCCGAACAUUGCUCGGCUGCAGGGGUCCCACCUCGUCAGGCUGUGGGGGUCUGCGGAGGACUGGGCGGUGGGGACAGCCCUCCGGGCGAGCGGCCUGCCUCAUGCCUGCCUUCACCACACUCGAGACUCCAGGCCUGCCACCUGCUGCGAAUGCAAAUCCAUCCUCUAUAAAAGCUACCGGCUGUCUGCGAGUCCCUGCUCAGGAGGGGGACAGAGGCCAGCCCCUGGUCCUCUGCCAGAGUGCCUGGUGGCCCUGCCUGGGGGAGGAACCCCGGUGUCCUGACAGCUCUGACCCUUGUACACUCCGGCGUCUCCCACUUGGGUCAAGAAGAGUUUGUCUGGGUGGUCUGCUGUCAAUUGGCCCCGGCGUCCGCCCCCGGCAGUGACAGAUGUCAGCAGGACAGGAGGAUCGGUAGUGGCCUUAGGUCCAAAUCUUGUCCUGUUUUGUCAUCCCAGUGUUGACCCCAGCCUCCUUCCUGGGGUCACACAGGUGCCCUCCCCGGGGUAGCUUGUCAGUCUGUUCUUUCACAGAGCAUUCCAGAAGGUGGUGGGCACCCAAGGGGGCCUUGCCCCUCACUCUGGUGUGGAAGGGUGGGAGUGUCCCACCCAGGGGUCUCUGGCCGGGGCUGUGGGCGGGAGUUGCUCUGGAGGCUGGGAGUGACUGUAGCCACCGCCUGCUUCCUCGGAACCUGCAGUGUGGAUGGCACGUGCUCCCACGGUCACACUUUUGGGGCAGGCGAGGAGGACAGUGUGGGUCAGAGGCCAGACACUCUCUUGGGGAAGAUCUUCCUAGUCCAGGAGACAACGUGGGUUUGCCACCAACCCGGUUUUUUUUUUUUUCUUUUAGUUGAUUUAUAGCAUUGUGUUAAUUUCUGCCAUAGAGCAAAGUGAUUCAGUUAUACAUAUAUAUACGUUCUCAUAUUCUUUUCUGUUACAGUUUAUCACAGGAUACUGAAUAGAAUUCCCUGUGCUAUACGAUAGGACCUUGUUUAUCCAACCCAUAAAUAAUUGUUUGCAUCUGCUAAUCCCAAACUCCCAAGCCAUCUCUCCCCUACCCCUCCUCCUCCUUGGCAACCACAAGUCUUUUCUCUAUGUCUGUGAGUCUGUUUCUGUUUUGUAGAUAAGUUCAUUUGUAUCAUUUUUUUUUUUAGCUUCUAUGUAUAAGUGGUAUCAUAUAUUUGUCUUUCUCUUUAAGAGAUUUAAUUUAGUAUGAUAAUCUCUAUUCAUGUUGCUGCAAAUGGUAUUAUUCCAUUUUUUAUGCCUGAGUAAUAUUCCGUUGUAUAUAUACCACAUCUUUAUCCAUUCAUGUCAGUGAACAUUUAGGUUGUUUCCAUGUCCUGGCUAUUGUGAACAGUGCUGCUAUGAACAUUGGGGUGCAUGCAUCUUUUUGAAUUAUAGUUUUGUCUGGACAUAAGCCCAGGAGUGGGACUGCUGGAUCAUAUGGCAACUCUAUUUUAGUUUUUUGAGGAACCUCCAUACUGUUCUCCAUAGUGGCUGCACCAACUUACAUUUCCCCCAACAGUGAGGGAGUGUUCCCUUUUCUCCACACCCUCUCCAGCACUUGUUAUCUGUAGACUUCUUAAGGGUGGCCAUUCUCACUGGUGUGAGGUGGUGCCUCGUUGUAGUUGGCAUUUGCAUUCCUCUAAUAAUUAGCCAUGUUGAGCAUCUUUUCACAUGCUCGUUGGCCAUCUGUAUGUCUUCUUUGGAGAAAUGUGUUUAGGUCUUCUGCCCAUUUUUCAGUUGGGUGGUUUGGUAUUUUUGUUGAGAUGUAUGAGCUGUUCGUAUAUUUUAGAGACUUAAGCCCUCGUCAGUCGUAUCAUUUGCAAAUAUUUUCUCCCAGUUUGUAGGUUGUCUUUGUGUUUGUUUAUGGAUUCCUUUGCUGUACAAAAGCUUGUAAGUUUGAUUUGGUCCCAUUUGCUUAUUUUUGCUUUUAUUUCGAUUGCCUUGGGAGACUGACCUUGGUAUGAUUUAUGUCAGAGAAUGUUUUGCCUAUGUUUUCUUCUAGGAGUUUUAUGGCGUCGUGUCAUAUUUAUCUUUAAGCCAUUUUGAGUUUAUUUGUAUGGUGUGAGAGUGUGUUCUAACGCCAUUGCUUUACAUGUGGCUGGUCACCGACCCUUUGAUAAGAAUGUAGGUGCGUCGGGACACACUCAGCCGGCGCCCCCUUUUGCCCCUGGCUCUGUUAGCACAGGCACCGUCCUCCCUUCUCUGGGUCCCUGACUCUGGACGGACACACCUGCCCUGUUACUAGCCCUACAAGACCUCCUCCCGUGAUCCUGGCUGUGGACAGGCAAAGGCAGGAGCCCUCCUCUAGGACCAGAGUCCAGUCGAGGCGGCAGUGCCCGCGGCUGCUCUGCACCCUCCGUCCCGGGGCAGAUGACGCCAGUCACAGCGGAACCUCUGAUUCAGAACCUCCAGGCUGGCCCUGCUCAGGGCCAGUGAGGCCGAAGCACAGACCCAAGCCAGGGAGGCCAGAGGCCGGGUGAGGGAGCCCCAGGCUCCGUGGGCUGGAAGGGCCUUUCAUUGGGUGCAGACGCUCCAAGGCAGGGGCGGGACCCAUGCAGCUGCUGCCAGCUCUCAGGCAGCAUCUUGGAGACGCGGAAGCCUCACGUUGCUUCGUCAGCCUCCUCUCACUAGUUCACCCUUUAAAGGACUGAGUCCAAAGUACCUCAGUGUUUCAGAAAAUGCCAGGUCCUCAGGCAAACACAGGGGUGCCCACCCCACAUGCCAUCUUCCUGGGCACCUGGACGGAGUGCCCACCCAGCUCCCGUGGACGCCCAGCCACGCCAGAGCCCACUCCUGCCCCAGGUAAUGGCUCCUAUUCGUGCUGAGCCCUCUGUGUCCCACGUGCCAUCUGUGCUGUCACCCCUGGGACUGCCUGACAUCCCCUGGCCUGUGGCCUGCUCUCCUGUGUCACCCCUGCCCAGGCGGGUCCUCUAACCCACCGGGGAGCCCGAGGAGGAGAGGCCUCUGUGAGCAUGGAGCCAGGUGCCGGCCCCACCCUGCGCUCAUCUCGUUCCGCCUCAGCCCCUUGUCUGGCGUAUCCAUCUGUCCGCCAACCGUGGCCUCAGCACCCUGGGGCAGGCGCAGCUCCUCUCCAUGGCGGCACUCAGCCCCUCCACAGGGGCUGCAGGUGGCCACCCCUGCUGGCCCCGCCGCCACCAGCGUGCCUGCGCCUCGUGUCUGUCAUGUCGGCGUGGGGCAGGCCACCCUCUAGGCCCCCGGGAUGCAUGGGCCGGGCUUGUGCGCUCUGCUGAGCUGUGUCUCUGUGUGUCUACAACCGUGUCCUUGCAGACGGGCUCUGCUGCUGUUCCUGGGCAGGUGGUGGAGGGAUGCUGGGCCUUGGGGGGCAGUGCACGAAGCUCAGAUAUGGCUCUUGUGGGGCUGCCUCGGGUCGCAGAGAAAGGACCAGGGCAGUUGUGGAGGGUGCAGAGGGGCCCCGUCACAUCCACCAAACCUGCCCUGCGAGGGUUGAUGGUUCGGGGGGUGGGGUUGAGCAGAGGGUGCUGCGUUGGGGCUCAGCUGGCCUUGCAGGCGGCGCUCCUUCCUGGCUCUCCCCAGGGGCCUCUGCUGCCCACCGGCUCUGAACGUGGAGGCGGUCGCAGGGCAACACGCAGCACCUCUCCCAAAGACCACUAAAACUGCUCUUCUCUCCUCUCCUCAGGAAUCCCUUCACCAGCGUCCAGCUGAAGCCGACGGUGACCAAUGACAGGUCUGCCCCGCUCCUCAGCUGAUGGCCACGUCUGCACCCACUGCCCACGGGGUCCCUCCUCCCCGACCCUGAUCUGUAACCUAUUUUGUUACAGUCUGCUUGCUCCCCAUUUAGAGAAUUCUCUCCUCCCAAACCCUUCUGCCCCCACCUCAACCUGGCCUGGGCUGGACCCCAGCUGUUCUUAGAGGGUCAGGAGGUGGCACCUGGGCCGAGGAGAGUGAGGGGGGCUGGCCCUUGGAGCUGGGACUGGCCUCCUGGGCCGUGGGGCCACCUUCUGGAUCAGGCACGCCUGUCGUGUGGGCGAGGGAACUUCGGGGGGGUGCAGGGAAGGCCAUACCAUCAGCUUAUAGCUAUAAGGAGAACCUCUGUCUGGUCAAUAAUGAGGCCACCCACCUGUGCGUGCCUGCAGGCAGCACGCGGGGAGGCGAGGGCCUGCCACGCUUCCUUGGAAGGCAGAUUUAGUAGGAGCACUUAACUUCCUGGCAGACCCCCGAGUGGGGCUCUGCUGGGCCUCCCCACUCCCGCUGGCGGUUUGGGGGCCUCUCUGCCCCUGCGCCCUGCCCACACCCUAAUGCCCAUCCAGAACUGGCCCCCAGCUCUCCUCCCUUUCCCCAGGGAGGGUGGUUGGUGGUAUGGCCUGGGUCCCUGAGCUGUGUGUCACUGAAGGGGUCCUGCCCCAGGAUUCCUGGGUGGGCCCCCCCCCCCCCCCCCCCCCCCACCCCGCGCCUUGAUGCCCUGGCUGCUUCUGUAUUUCAGCUGAAAUACAAGAUGUUAGAAACUUUAUCAGAUCCACGCUAUUUGACAUUUGAGGCUGAAAUACAGCCCCGCUAACCAUGUUGGUGACUGCAGUCCUUACCUCCAGAGACGUUCCAGGCAGCGUUCGCUUGCUUCUCCCAGACCCUCCAAGGAGGGGCUCUGGAGCCCCCUGCGGCCUGCCCAUACCCCAGAACACAGAGCAGAGGGGGCGGGGGCCCAGGAGCCGCUCCCCUUGUGGAAGCUGGAGGCAGCCGGGGGGGGGGGGGGGCAAGGCAGGGCUGUAGGGCAGAUGUUUGGGGUGGGGGUGCACAGAAGCCCCAACGCCUCACAGCCAGCCUCGCUCCCAGCUGCCCCACCUGAGGGACAGUGGUGACCCUGGAAAGGCAGGGGGAAGAGCUUCCCAGAGAGGUCUCCUCCUCCUCCUCACCUAGGCAGGGCCAGCUUCCAGGCCAGGAAGUGAGGGCUUCCUCUGUCCCCCUGCCCUGCUCUGGGAAGACACCCCAAUCCCGGCACACUGGGGGCCCAAGAUUACUGUUUCCCUUUACCAAGGUGUGCCAAGGACAGGGGGAAAGGGGUGGCCUCCCUCCUGCGCCCCCUCAGUGGGCAGAAGGGACUACAGGGACCCCCACCCCACCCCAGCACGGCCCAUGUCCCCUUCUGCCCAGGGCUUUAUCUGCAGACUCCAAAAGAAAACACGCUUAGCAUGAAGGCUUUUUUCUUUAGCUUUGAUUUCUCUUAAAAAACAGACAAAAAAUGAACAAGAAGAUCAUUGUACCAGCAUCCUAAGCCUCAAACUAAUAAACAAAAAAACAAACCCAAAAUAAGUCCCAACCCACACCCCAAAAGCAACAAUAAACUUUACGUCUCUUUGGCAACAAUAACUUAAAAGCAUCCCUUUUCCAUUUGCUCUGACAACAGCGGUUACAAAAAUACUCCCUGUGCUGCCCUAUCCCACCCUCCCUCCCAGCUCCACCCCUUCCCACUGUCCCCCCUGUGGUAGGAACCCCGACACUGACCAUGGGGUGAAGCACCCACUUUCCUUUGGCAGCUGGGCGGGCUGGGCACUACCUUGCAGAGGGGAGCCGCAGGCACCUCUAGACCAGGACUGUGUCGGCAGGACUGUGACCUGAAAGCCCCCCAUCUUUCAGGUUGCCCACCUCAGCCACCUCACUGGACUCCAGUGGGACCCAGGCAGGAGCCAGUCCAGCCCCUGCAGGGAGGGAGAGCUUACAGUCUAGCUGAUUCAGUGAAGGGGAAACAGCCACAAACUCGGAGCAGGGACACGUGAGCCCAGUGUCCUCUUCUUGCACUGAGCAAACCCUGAACUGGCAGAAUGGGUGAAGGGGGCAGGGAGAGGCCGUCCCAGCGGGCCUGUGCCUGCCCUCUCACUUGGGGUGAGGACACAGCAGCCUGCAAUACACCACAGGAACCCGUGGGCAG